AUGGCGUCAGCCCCGAAAAUCAAAUCGCUCAGCGCCCUCGCGUCUGCCGACGCCAAAUGGAUCCAGCUGCAAAAAGCAACGUACGUGGAUGCGCAGGGCGCGGAGCGCGAAUGGGAACUUGCGAGCCGCAAAACGACGGGCGCCGCGGGCAUCGACGCGGUAGCCAUGGGCAAUAUAAUUUACCAGCCGGGCAAGCCCGCGUCGACAAUAGUGGUGCUGCAGUUCCGCCCGCCCGUCGGCCGUUUCACAGUCGAGUGGCCCGCGGGCCUGAUCGACAAGGACGAGUCGCCCCAGGAGGCUGCCGUGCGUGAACUCUACGAGGAGACCGGGUACAAGGGGACGGUGGUGUCGACGUCGCCGGCCGUCGCCGCCGAUCCCGGCAUGACGAGCGCGAAUAUGUGCUUGUGCAUGGUGGAGAUUCACUUGCACGAGGGCGACGCGGAGCCAGAGCAGCAUUUGGACGAGGGCGAGGACAUCCAGCGUGUCAUUAUCCCCGUGGCCGAGCUAUACUCGCGUCUUGGGGAGUUUGCAAAUGAGGGCUAUGUCAUUGCGGCCAAGCUGUAUCAUUGGGCGGCCGGCGCGCAGUAUGCCAUUGACCAUCCAGAACUGUUUCAAAAAGCGGGGAAGAAGACUGCGGGCAUCGUCUAG